AUGCAAAAAAAGUUGGCAGUACAUGAUUCAGCUAUAAAGAACAUUGAAACUCAGUUGGGGCAGUUGUCUAUGGCUUUAAACAACCGCCCCCAGGGAAUAUUGCCAGCGAACACAAAUAUUAACCCCAAGGAGCAAAACCCAAAUCAGCUGAUGGCAGUAAGUUUCUGGAAUGGGAGAGAUUUAGACAAAGAGCAGGAGGUUGCACAAGCCAGCAAAGAGACUACGCCAGCCACUCCAAUUCCACUAGAGGUAGAUGAACAAUCAAAUCUGACUGAAGUGGUGGUUGAACAGGGUCAAGAUGAAAAGGGUAAGGCUAAGGUAAAUGAACAAGUUGCAGAACAGGUGGUGCCUCUUGUGCCACAGAACCCCAAUAGAGAGAAGCCAGCAAACAGUGCACAAAGGUUGAAUAUUCCUUUGAUUGAUACCUUGAGGGAGAUGCCAGGUUAUGCGAAGAUGAUGAAAGACCUAAUGUCACGGAAGUUUGAUUUUCAGGACCUAUCCACAAUGACUCUAACGCAGACCUGCAGCGCAGUAGUGACCAAAUUGAUAGCUCAAAAGAUGUCAAACCUAGGUAGCUUCACUAUUCCAUGCACGAUUGGGAGUUAUGCCUUUGCAAAGGCAUUAUGUGAUUUAGGAGCCAACAUAAAUUUGAUGCCUUUGACUGUAUACACCAAACUGGGCAUUGGCAGAGCUAGACUGACUUCGAUGCUGCUGCAGCUAGCUGACCACACGGUAAAAAGGUCUACUGGGAUUCUUGAUGAUGUGUUGGUGCAAGUGGAGAAGUUUAUGUUCCCUGCAGACUUUGUUAUUCUGGACUGUCAGAUAGAUGAGGAGAUGCCUAUCAUUUUAGGUAGGCCAUUUUUUGCCACUGGGAGAGCACUGAUCAAUUGUGAGACUGGGAAUUAA